GGGGGCUCCACGCAGUUUUCCUGCCUCUUUCGUAAUGGCGCCUUUGAGGCCGGAAUUGAUACCGGCCUCGAGAGUAUUAUAAGAAUCACCUGCUUUCCCGCCAAUUCCCUCUCUCCAAGCUCUCAUUCCCAGAUUUCCUCAAGUCCCCAAACACUUCCACAGGGUGAUUCCCCUUUUCUUUUCUUUUCUCUUUCUUUGACUUCGUGUCCCUACCAACCUUGGCUCUCAUCGUCAUCGCUUCAUCAUCCACUUGCCCACUUCUCGUGCUAGACCUCUGUACCACCCUAUCCACAUCAUGUCUCCCUCUAGGGUUCCCCUGCCCAACAGCACUCUGGAUCGGUUCCCCCAUAUCCAUGAUGACCCUUCUACCCUGCCCCGGUCCCUCGAUCCCUUCACCAUCACCACCUCGACGGGCUUCCUUCCCUAUGCCACCGCCCCUACCCAGUUGCCCGAUGUUUUCCAGCCUUUGAUGUCCCUGCUCGAGCGGAUGUCCGUCCUCAAGCUCGAUGGCACUCCGGGUCUGCUUGCCACGUACGAGCUGGGUCCGGCUGUCCUUGCCGAGCUGCCUGACUUGACGGAUGAGAUCGACAAGCAGGUCACCGCGGACGGCUCUCCAGACCUGUACAUGAUCGCGGCUCUCUUCCGAGACUACUCGUUCCUCGCAUCGGCAUAUAUCCUCGAGCCAUGCUGGGAGAACUGGUGCAAGAACCCGGAGGGUGGCUAUGGGCUGGGACGAGAGCUGCUGCCCAGGUCUGUCGCCCGUCCGAUGUAUCGCUGUGCGCAGCUCUUGGACAUUCCUCCUUUCUUGUCCUAUGCCGCUGCCUACUCCCUCUUCAACUACACCCUCGAGGAACCAUCCAAGGGCCUGGUCUACCCGAAUCUCCGGCUGGUGCGGGCCUUUGAGAACGGACUCGACCCCAAGAGCUCCGAAGCCGGGUUCAUCCUGACCCAUGUGGACAUGGUCAAGUUCUCGAGCGGCCUGAUCAGCGGAGCCGUCAAGGUUGUCGACACGGUCGAACAGGGCGGACCGCGCUCGGUGGUCAACGAUGGGUUCCGCGAGAUCCUGUCGUCGAUGGAAACGAUUGAAGCAGCCAUGGAGGACAUGUGGGCCAAUUCCAAGCCGCAGGAUUACCUCUCGUUCCGCGUCUUCAUCUUCGGCAUCACCUCCCAAUCCAUGUUUCCCAACGGGGUCGUCUACGACGGAGUACUCGACAACAAGCCUCUGUUCUUCCGGGGCGAGAGUGGCGCGAAUGACAGCAUGAUCCCACUGCUCGACCACCUCUGUCAAAUCCCAAUGCCCUCCAACCCACUCACCAAGGUACUUCACGAAUUCCGAGCCUACCGUCCCCUUCCCCACCGGGAGUUCCUCGCGCACAUCAACUCGAAGUCGGAAGAGGUGGGGGUGCGCAACUUUGCACUCGCCGACACCGAGACGGCCAUUCUCCUCUUGAAGACCCUCAACCAUGUACGGAGCUUCCGGUGGCGUCACUGGCUGUUUGCCCGGGAGUACAUUAUCCGCCGUACGCCGCACCCGACUGCCACGGGGGGCAGUCCGAUCGUGACGUGGCUCCCGAAUCAACUGUCCGCCGUCAUGGACUUGAUGAUCUCGAUUUACGACACGUAUCUGGCCCCGCAGAAGGGGAAUGGCGAGGGACCGGAUGGUCAGACAGGUUACGAGGCGUAUGAGACGCAGGUGGAGCCAAUGAUGGAAAUGGUGCGCGAUCAAAAGGAUAAGUUGGCGCGGGAGGUGGAGAGAUGGUGCCAGGAGAGAGGCGUCUAAGGAUGCAGCCGAGUAGUCAUGAUACCAUUACCACAUCCCGCUGGUGUGCGCUUACGAUAGUAUAUCGUUAUUCUACAUAAUACGAGGAGGGGUUCAAAUUCA